GGCUCCCCGGGCUCUCGCCGCAGCGCAUCCCCGCCCGCUCGGGCCUCGGACGGCGGAAGCGCGGGGGCUGAGAGCGGCGCAGCGGCGGGGCGUGCGCCCCGGGGCGGGUGCGCGGCGGCCGGCCGGGAGCCUCGGGAUGCGGGAGGAGAAGGAAGUUCCUUUGCAGCCUGUUCAGGAAAAGGAUGGGAGUGGCGUGGCACAGGAUGCUUUCUAUCUUCAGUCACUUAUUACUAAUGCAUUCCAUGAUGAAGGAUUUCAGAAAAUAAAAGAAUAUUUUCCGCAGAGAGAACGCCACGUUCCUCAAAAAUAUAAUAAUCUUUUGUUACACCAUCUUGACAGAUCAAUAAAUAAGGCACUGGAUAAAAAUGAAUUUCAGUGUGUUUCACUGUUGCUGAGAUGUGUUCAGCGAUUCUUCAUUGAUGGCCUCAGAGAAGAUGAGCCUUUGCUAAUUCAGCAGGGACUGAUCCCAAAGAUGGUUUCCUGGUUUGAAAGAACAACAGGAUUUCUGACCAUGACAGACCUAGCCUCGGACACAUCUCUGAUUAAUGUGACAGAAGACUUUUUUGACACAGCCAUGAUUAUUUCCAGAAGUAGUAGGAAAGGGAAAAGUCAGCUGUUGGGUUCCUUCAUAUUUACCUUAGGAUUUCUGGUGACAGAAGAGAGUGUAAAUCGUUUGAUCCAGCGGGAGGCACUGAGGAACUUGAACUGCAUUCUGCAAGCUGUACCUCGGGAAGAGAGAAAACAACUCGUCUUGUCGGAAGGCUCGUGUCGUCUUAUGAAAGACCUUGCAAGGACCAUCUUGACUGUGGGUGAUUAUGACCAGCAGGUGGCUCUUUGUGAAGCAUUGUGUAGACUGACCAUGAGAAAAUCAAGGGAAAACUUUGUCCAUCAGUGGUUUGAAGAUGAUACCAUUGCUGAGGCUUUCAAAGAAAUUAAGGAUCGAGAAUUUGAGACGGAUUGUAGACGGUUUCUCAAUCACCUAAAUGACAGACUUGGUGACCAAAGAAGGGUCUAUUCAUUUCCAUGCAUUGCUGCUUUUGCUGAUGAGCAUGAGAUGAGAAAACCUGCAGAUGAAAAAUUAGAGAAAUUUUGGAUUGAUUUCAACCUAAGAACUCAGAGUGUAACUUUUUAUAUAAACAAUCCUGAGAGCGCUUUAUGGGACUCAGUAAGACUUUUGAAGGAAGCAAUGAUUAAUUUCAGCAUAAUAGAAACUGAGAUGAAGAUGCUCAAAAUUUACCUGAAGAAGCCUAUUAAUAUCAGAAACAAAGAAGUGAUGAAAAUAGAAAUUCAUUUUGAAUUGCAAUUCAACAUAGCCCAAGCUUCCAUUAAAGCUUUAGGAGAUGAGAAACAGGUGAGGCCUGACCAGACGAAAAUCUCCUCAGACCUUUUUGGUGAGUUUGAGAAAGAAGACACUGAGAUUCCUAGCAGCCACGAAAGAGAGACAGACCAAGCAAAGGAAUCUACCAAGCUGGCAGAGUUAACCAGUGCUGAAGAUAACCAUUGCCUAACAACUCUCCCCGUAGAUAACCAGUCUGAGCCUGCUCAAACAAAUACAGCUGAUAAUUCACCUGAAAAAUCGAGACUGGAUGAUACACAAAAAGUUACUUCAAAACUCGAGCAUUCUUUAGAUUUACAAGAACCAUCAGCAAAAAUGCAGGUUCCUAAAUUAAAUGAUACAUCUAGGGAAGAUUCUGCUUUUGAGGGUGACAGAAAGCAAGAAACAAGGAUGUCGGUUAAUUAUAGGAAACACCUCUUCUCGGAGAGUAAUGAAGAUUCAAAUACUAGUGCCAGUGAACUGUCUUGGACCAGUAACCAAAAAAGGAAAUCCCUAAAGUCAUAUCCUAGUAGAAAAAAGAUAAAAACCAGAAGUAACAUAAGAACCUUGCCACUUUUCCCUCUCAGCGGUGGCAGUGACCUUGAGAAAGACCAAGCUAAAACUCUAACACCAUUACAGAAAGAUACCUCCGGGCAAAAUAACGUCACACCUCCAAAAAUUUCUGGAACGGAAUUUCAGAGUAGUUCUGCCUUUUUAACUCCUGAAGAUUCUGCCCAGAAGAUAGAACUUCAAAGUCCCCACCCGCUGAGCGAUCUCUCUUCCUUGGAGCCCUCAGAUGUUGAAGAAAAUGUAUCUGAGACUGUGACCCAAGAUUCAUUGAUGAAAAGUACUAGCUUCAAGCAUAAACUGCAAAACUUGGAAGACAGAGACAGAGCAGAUGGUCAUUUCGCUAAGUGGAAACAGUCGCGAUUGGAAGAAGGCGAUGCUCCAGGAUGCCUUUCCUCAGUGGCAGAAGAAACAGACUUGGCAGAAGGCAUUUCUACUCCAUCCUUAAAAGUUAUUCCAGAGAACUUGAAAGGUUCUGCGAUGAUCACCACCUUUGAAAACUUCACUAGAGAACUGAAAAGAAAAUACGAGCUUAGGUACAGAAGGAGCCCACUUUAUUCAGAAACUGCAAAGCAAGCACCAGAUUGCCUAAUAAAACUUUUAAACCAGAUACAUCUGUGCAAACUGAAUAAACUAGAACAGUUUCACACUUUCGUUCUUCAAGAGCUGAGCAAUCUUGAGGAGGAUAUUGGGGGUCUGCAGCGCCUUGAAGAGGAUGUUCUGGAAUUUUGGGGGAAACAGUCUGAUGAUCUGAGAUCAUUCUGUGAACUGCAGCUGCUGAGUGCGACGCCUGGCACGUGGUGGGCACUGGAGGAAGUGCCUCACCAUUGCGGAGGGGAUCGUGACUCCCAUCAGAGUCCUGGGUGUUUAACCUCCGGAGUUUCCCUGGACAAAGUUUCCUCCUUGUCUAUUUGGAGAAUUCCUCACCCAUCAAGACAGCUCAGGCACUGUCUCCUUUGGGAAAGUUUUCGAGGUCUCUGCCAGGCUUCACCAAGGUCAAGCCUCAGCUCACAUGCCUACUCCCGAGCUGCGGUGGCCUCCUGUCUGCCCGUCUCUGCAACGGGAGAGUCCAGGGCUGCGGAGCAUGGUACCAUGUUGUUUGUGCCUAAUCUCAUCAUCUCUUCGCCCAAUCCGGUGAUCCUCCCUGGGUUACCCUGUAAAGCGGUUUUUGUGAUAACCCUUAUAUCCUCUGCUUAUCUAACUGGUCUUAACUUUUCCUCAUGAAUGACCAUUUUCUGAAAUAGUUUAACUUGGUAUAUGAAUACUACGUAAAGGUAACAAUGUUACAUAAAAGCCCACUGCUUAUUGAAAUGAAUUAAACAUCUAAAAUUAAUUGCUAAAAUGUCACUUUAAAAAAUUCCUGAGUAAUAGGUCACUUGGAACAGCAUGCAGAACACAUUUUAACUUCUUUGAACCAAACAAGAAGAAUCACAACAUACUUUAGGGUACAAAUCAAUUUAUUAUACAACAAUUAUACAGAAUCCUUU